GAAGAGGAAUGGGUAGAGGCAGCGAUGAAAAUUAAGGGAAGAAAAGUGGUAGCCGAGUUUGGUUCCCACGAGAACCCGCCAAAAAGUGAAGGCAGCGUGAAGGCAAGCUUAACCGACAAAGCUGACCCCUCUCAGUUUAAAGAAGCAGUCGAAUAAGCGCACGAACGGCAAGGAUGAAGAUGAAGAACGGCGGUGCGUGAAGAUCCCCUACUGUCAGUCGGUGGUCAACCGUCUCGGAGAAAGGACGUGGUGCCGCGUGCUUUCUGCCUCGUCUCUCGAUUCUCUCUCACAGAAACCGCUAUCCAUCAGUUUCUACAUACGACUCUUAUCACUCUUUUUAUCGUAUACGAUCGAUGAACAUUAUACGGUUGAUAACAUUCGUAUAAAAUAAUCAGAAAAUUGGUGGUUUUUCGGAUUGAAAUUUGAAAAUUGUUUGAUUUCGAUUAUAGAUAGUUAAAUAAUCUUGAAUGGGAAAUUAUUGUUUAAUCGAUCGAUUGUCGAAUGUAAAGAGGAAUCGAAAAGUGUCGUUCGAGGAAUAAGAGAAGUUUGAAUAUCAAGUAAUAUCGGAAUAUUUUAAGAUAAAGUGAAGUUUGAAACGUAUGAAAAUAAGAUUAAAAAUGAUUCCAGUUCAUUUGAAAUCGGUACGAAAAGUAUGAACUUGCUUUUUAUGGGUUGCUCUCUAUCCGAGAGAUAGAAAGGGAAUAAAAAGGGGGAGAAAGAAGAAUUUCGUAUGAAUAUUUAUUGGGAACUGUGCUUAACGGGACCGUUCUGGACAGUGAAAAAAAUCGUGCUCACCGUAACCUUGAAUACCUUGAUGGUGAAAAUAUCGUAGGUCUAUGGUAGAUAGAAAGGAUCUCGAACCCGAGUGAAGGCGUGUCGUCUCAGACGAAAUAUAUUUCGUCGUGUCUAUUUCUGAAACAAUCGGUGUGUAAUCGUUUUCGAGCGGAAACGGAGGGGAAAAAAGGAACUGUAAAGCUCAACAAUGAACACGUCUCGAAACGUUUGAGACAGCGUCGAUACGAUCCCAUUGUCUGGAAGACGAACGUGAGCGAAAAAAAGAGGAGCAAGAAAUCGUGGUGGUGAAGGAGAAGAGGAAUCGAUGAAAGAUGGCUUCUAUGUGUGGAAGCAGCAAGAGUUACCCGGCUAUAAACACCGGCAGUUACUACAGGCCGGCCGCUUAUCCUUAUCAGAACGAUUAUUAUUUACCACAACGAUCAACGACAUGGUCCAGGAUUUCGCCACAACAAAUGAAAAAACAAAGGGGGAAUACAACGUGGAAAGUCGGCAGCGCAAUGUUAAUUAUCUCCGCUAUGCUAGUAUUAAUCGCGGUCUUUGCAAUUGCAGGACUUGCAUUAUGGAUGGGAGCUCUUCGAACAGAUUCAAAAAAUGCGAUCGUUGGAUUCUCCUGCAGUUUCAGGGUGGCUAAGGGUGAAAAGUAUAAUCCAAUGUUGAAAUUAAAUACCAGUAUGGUAUUCCGCGAAAAGGAACGCAAAUAUAAAAAUAUAUUCGAACUGUUAUUUAGAAGAAGCGUGUUGGGCACCGCUUACAAGCAAACGAUCAUAGACAAAUUUGAAAACGGUAUAUUAAAGGUAUUCUUCAGGAUAUAUUUAAACAGAAGAAAAAUACCACGAUCGAUCACGAAUAUCGAGGAUACGAUCGAAGACAUUAUCGUGAAAGAGACGUAUUCAUCGUCUUCUUUAUUCAAAGACAUGGAACUGGACCUCGCUAGUAUAUCAAUAAAAAGAAUAAACCAAGAAGUGCCAGGAAAUCAGAAGCAAACUCAACAAAAGAGCGCGAUGAUCACAAAGAACGGUCUUCUUCGACCAAACAGGAAUAGUUCGUUGAUCACCAGCUCGAAACCAAAAUCUAAACCGACCAAGAUCGAGUCCAUCGAGCCUGACAUCGAUUUUACCAACAUACCAACCAUCCAAGGAACCUACAAAGCCGAAAAAGUGAACGUCACGAACAAAACGAAUUCCACUCAAGAAACUGCGAAAGCUCAAUCCGAUACGAAGAAUAAUACCAAAGUAUCAUUAUUACCUACUCAGGAACAAAGUACGAACAAAUCGAUUAUCAUGAAAAACAGCACUGAGACGAGUCAAACCGUGACGCAAACUGUGACCAACAAAAUGAACGAAAAACUUAAUUAUACCGUGCACGAUGAAUCGUUUAGCAACGUUCAUUCACAAUCUUCUAAGAAAAUCACCACGUCCACCACCGCUUCCACGAUCAAGACGGAAGACCAAGACGUCUUCAAAGAUUUUCGCAAUCCUGAUUUCGAAACUUCGCCGUGGAAACCUAUCAUACCUGGAUAUAUCAAUACGGAGUUAAAAUUAUUGCCGGACAACGUUGAAAAGACAAAUUACAAAACUGAAACAAAUUACAAAACUGAAACGAAUUACAAGGUAAAUUAUACUAACGCCAAUGUCGGAGACGUGGUUUCCGACACGUCCAUAAAGAUGACACCCCAGUACAGUGUCCAAGGGGAAAUCCCUGAAAUACCGACCAAACCUUCCGAACCAUUGGGAAUAUUAAAUUCGUACGCGGACGUUCCCGGGAUGAGCACAUUCGACAUCAGAGACACCGAUUUUCCACGAGACAGGAUCGUCCCUCAAGAAAUGGUGAAUUUCAGAGUGAAUGGAAAAUUUAAGAACAAAAUUCCAGGAUUGUUAGAGGAUGGACAGAUGUUCACGGAAUCGUCGCCAAUCGAAUUGGACGACAAGAGGCCGGAUAUAGAGGUUUCCGGCCAAUUGCCAUCCGAAACUUACGACGUCAAACUUCGAACGUCCUCCAAACCUUUUGGAUUUUCUUCUUCUCAACCUUUGGAAUUUUCUUCCACGAAACCUCACCCGUCCACGAACGAAAAUGAAACCGGUUGGAGAGUUGCUGGCUCAUUAAUCGCAGAUACUAGAUACGAAGAAUCCAUUAAGCAAGAUGACGCUGUUAAGGAGCCUAACGAUUCUAUUAAGACGAAUAAAAAGAAGAUGGAUCAAAGUAGCGCGAAGGAUAAAGAAAGCUCGGAUAAUCUUUUACUUUCGGUCAUCUCUAGUACUCAAAAAUGGCCGGUUCAAUUCGAUUACGAGGAAUCGACGACGAAAGUGUCGGGUGUGGGGGUUGCGGAGCCGGUUCCGGAUGUGGACGUUGAAUUGGAACCGAGAAAUCGGUAUACGGAGGUCCAGGCCAUGGACAAACAGCAGAAUAACGCUUUGAAGGAUAGAAAAGUUGACAAAAACGGGCAGGAGCCGAUAUAUACGAGCUAUAAGACUCCCGAUUUGAAUGGAGGUGGGAUGAGGCCGAGUUUAAUAGAGAGUUCCGGCACUCUGAAACCAUUCAGGCACACGAUACCAGUGGACAAAAUUACAUCUGUCGUUGAUUACAGUAAGAGAGACGAAGAGGGAUCGUUAAAGCAAGAAAUAAACACUGUGACGGAUAGCAUAAUAAAUCAAGAAGAGAGAUUCACCGAGGCUAGCCAAUUAAGCGUAAACUCAAGUAAAGGAAAUAACAAGGAGACGAUUAAGAUUCUUCCAGAAAAUUUGAAGGAAAUCAUAGAAUUGGAAACUUUCAAGAAGACGAGCAACGAUUCCGAAACGGUUUCUACGAAGAAUUCGAGGAUCGAGGAACACGGAGGGACGCGUCCAAUCGAAUUAAAUACGGAGAGUAUAAUAGACGAUGAAAAGUUUCUCAAGUUAAGCACCACGGAAGUUUAUUCGGAGAUGAUACAUCCGUUGUACAAUAACGUUGAUAAAUUAGUCGUAAGAAACGAAGGAAAUAAAGAGAGAUUAACGUCCAACAUUUCGAGGAAUUCCACCUUCAUCGAGAUCGACACGUUGAAGCACACGCCAGGGGAGGACGAAGAGGACGAUUCCUCCAAAUCAUCGACGAAAAAGGAAGGACUUUUCAAUGGAACCGUGAAUCGACCGUACAAUUCCCUCGAGACAAGAAAGAAGAUUUAUAACGACACUUUGAAAGCUUACGUGGUGGAGAAUUUAGUUACUCUUGCGCCUGCCAAGAGCAACACAGGAAUCGGCAGGCCCGUAAGGCCAAGACCUAAGAUCGAUCACACCACUUCAGACGAUUCUGAACUUCUGGACCGAUUGUUUCGCGUACCUAGCCGUGACAGGAACACGACGAAACGCAAUUCGUCCAACGGUCGAGACACCAUCGCCUUUCAAUCAACGACGAACAACGAGGGGAAAGACUCGAAUAAGGAACAUCCUAAGAUAGAACAAAUCGUGGAAGUGGUGACAUCGAUCAGCACCAAAGUGUCCUCGAAUUUUAAAGGAAACCCUAUCGUAUUGAAGUUCGUCGUUACCAAUUCGACCUCCCUUCCAGUUAUACAUUCGGAAUUGCAUGGAGAACAAGUGUCGUCUUCUCAGAUAUCAGUGCCUGAACAAUUCUCCGUAUUGGAGAAGAAUAAUAAGGAAGAAAAUCGAUCGUUCGGAGAUAGAGUAUCGAACAAGACGCCAUCUUUAACGUCGGAUAGAAAAAUAUCAACGAUCGAAGAGAAUAGAUCUCUUUUGGAGAGAUUGAAGCAAUUCGCGGAUAUUGGAGCGGAAAAUGAGCCUGUAAAGGGGAAAGAUAAUUCCAAAUCUCAUGGGAAUGUCUCGAAUAUCGAGCAGGAAGAUCAUCGGCCAUUGCCCGAUUUCGAGAAGUUGAAACAGAUCGCAGAUAUCGCGACAGGGAACGAAACUUUGAUGAAUUCUAGCGCGGGAUUUACGAUGACUCGUGAUGGUGUCGAAAUAUUAACGAAAAUCUUGAAUAAAAUGGAGGAUCGUACCGAUAAAAUGAUUUCCAGCACCGAAGAAAAUUUAGAAGCUGAUCAUUGUUCCGGUUUCCAAUGCAGAGAUGGGAAAUGCCUGUCUUCUAGCGGUAGAUGUAACAUGUUAGGUGAAUGCUCGAAUUCAGAGGACGAAAUGAAUUGUACGUGCGCCGACUUUUUAAAGGCGCAACUCUUACAUCAAAAGAUUUGUGACGGCGUGGCAGAUUGUUGGGAUUAUUCGGACGAAACCGAUUGCGAUUGGUGCGAAGAGGGACAAUUCGUUUGCGGCAACAGUCGAACCUGCAUAAACCAAGACAAAGUUUGCAACGGUUAUACAGACUGUCCAGGUGGGGAGGACGAGAAAAAAUGCGCGGCGCUGAUAGAAGACGAUUCAACGUUAAAUUACGAAGAAACGAGUAUCUUUGCUAAGGACGAUAAUAAUCCAGGGACCAUCGUAACCAAAGAUGAACAUCCAUCAUCUCAAGGACAUCUCUCAGAAAUAGAAUCCACAACUGACAAGGACAUCCUCCUUUACGAUCAAGAAGCGGUGGAAUCCUCCAUUUUAGAGUCAACCACUUUACACGCCUCGUUCCAAGAUGAUAUUCGAUUAGAAAAAAUUAUAAGCACCAAGGAUGAAUCGAUGAUGAAAGAGAAUACGUUUCUUAAUAAUCGUGAACGUGUUAACGGUAGUACGAUCCUCGUCUCCGGAAGGGAAAUAUCGUCGAACGCGAAGAACAUCUUGCCGCAUGGAAACUCGAUCCAUUUGAACGCGAAAAACGCAUCGAUGAUAAAUUUGAAAAAGGAAAUCAAUAAUUACAAUGAAAAAGGUUACUUGAAUAUCAGGAAGAAUGGGAAAUGGGGGAAAUUGUGUCUGAAUGGAAUGGACCAUCUCUUGCAAGAAAGACAAACUGCUUGGACUAUCGAAGAUCUCGGCAGAGCUGUUUGUAAAGCGAUUACGUAUCAAGAUUACGAAUCCGUGGAAAAAGUGUUGGACGAAAAUCCAACACCUGGAAGAUCGUAUUAUACACUCUCCUAUAACGAGAAACCUGUCGAUAAAAGGAUCUUGACUUUCAAACCUUCGAAAUGCCCGAGUGGCGAGGUCCUCAGGGUCAAGUGCAAGAACCUUGAAUGUGGUAUAAGAACGCAGGCGCCAUCGCAAGCCAGGAUAGUUGGCGGUGGUAGCUCUUCAGCUGGAAGUUGGCCAUGGCAAGUUGCUCUGUACAAAGAAGGUGAUUAUCAAUGUGGAGGAGCUCUCAUCAAUGAAAAAUGGAUUUUAUCCGCAGCACAUUGUUUUUACCAUGCUCAAGACGAAUAUUGGGUGGCGAGAAUCGGAGCUACUCGCAGAGGAAGCUUUCCAAGUCCGUACGAGCAAGUAUUACGUUUGGAUCACAUAUCUCUGCAUCCUGAUUACAUCGACAAUGGAUUUAUAAACGAUAUAGCGAUGUUGAGACUCGAAGAACCAGUAACCUUCAGCGACUACGUUCGACCUGUAUGUCUUCCACAAUCAGAGCCGAAAAGUGGUACUAUGUGCACUGUUACGGGUUGGGGACAAUUAUUCGAAAUAGGAAGAAUAUUCCCGGAUACCCUGCAAGAAGUGCAACUUCCUGUGAUCUCGACGGAAGAGUGUCGAAGGAAAACAUUAUUCAUUCCAUUAUACAGAAUCACACCAGGAAUGCUUUGUGCUGGAUUGAAAGAUGGCGGAAGAGAUGCUUGUUUGGGAGACAGUGGUGGGCCUUUGGUUUGUUCAGGAUCAGACAACAAAUACACUCUUCACGGUAAGAAUUUUUAUAUCUAAUAUAAAGUCAUUAAUAAUAUAUCAAAUUACAAAUUAUCACGGUUAAAUAUUGAUUUAUCGUUUUAAUGAGAUUGUUAAAAAGUAAAUCACUGUUUAUUUCAAAAAUUAAACGAAACAAUUAAAUCUACAAGUAUCAAAUCUUCUACACGCAAUAGAAUAGAAUAGGUAAUAGAACAGAAUAGAAUAGGUAAUAGAAUAGAAUAGAAGAAUAAAAUAGAAUAGGUAAAUAGAGGAUAUUUAUACUAUCAUAGAAUACAGGACAGAAAUACGCACAAUUACAAUAUUGUACUGCAUGUUUUAGCAAUAUUUUAUAAAAUUUAGAAAAAUGAAAGAAUGAAUUCGAUAACAAAUUUUCGAUAAUAUCGUUUCUUGAUAAAAUAUUUAAAAAUUCCUUCUAAUUUCCUUCGAGUUAUACUUUCAAUUGC